AUGGUCUAUGGUGGUCGUGGGUGGUUGUCUUGGACCCCUGGUGGAGUACUGGACAAUUGGACUCGUUGGUACUCUGGUGGAGACGUGGAGAGGUGGUGGUGGAUGGCUAGGGUUACUUCUAUGGCUUUAAGGGUUGUUCUUCUACUUUUAUUUACAUGGUGUUUUUGUGAGCACCAUAUUGGAGUUCAAGCAAGGAAAUUAUCAAGAGAAGAAAAUUUGGAGUUAGAGAAGCAACUCAAACUUUUGAAUAAACCAGCAAAUACAACAAUACUGACAAUUCAUGGAGAAAAAUAUGAUUGCGUAGAUUUUUAUAAACAACCAACGUUUGACCAUCCAGCAUUGAAGAAUCAUAAUUUCCAUCCUGAGAUGGGUCCAAGUUGGUAUCCAGAGAGGAGUUUGGAGCAUUCCUCAACAACCCAUGAAUCAUCAUUUGGGAAUAUAUGGCAAAAUGGAAAAGGAUGUCCAGCAGGAACUGUUCCUAUCAGAAGAACAACUAAGGAUGAUUUAAUCCGAGCCAAAUUUGCUGCAGAAAUACAUGCUUCAACAUAUCAACCACUCACUGCUACUGAACCUGGAACUCAUUACGCUAUACUCCGGACUAACCCUAGUGGCAAAAUAUACUAUGGAGCUGGAAUGACUACCAGUAUACACAAUCCCACGGCUUGGGGUUCUCAAUAUAGUUCCGUCCAAGUUAAGGUACAAAACGGACCAGACAGUGUAGAAGUUGGAUGGACGGUGAAUCCUUCUCUAUACAAUGGGAAUCAGACUAGACUUUUUAUUUACAAAAAUUCAGGUGGAUCACAUUGUUUCAAUACAUACUGCCCUGGAUUUGUACUUGUCAGACGGGAUAUACCAGUUGAUGCCAUUAUUAAUCAAAUCUCUCAACCCGGUGGACCAGUUUAUGUCAUCAUAUUUACUUUAACUCAAGUUGGGUAUUGGCCUGCAAAAAUCUUCACCGGGUUAGCUAACCCAGCUACCAAAGCCGAGUGGGGAGGAAAAGUAUACAGUUCUCCAGUCGUGCCUAGUCCUCCAAUGGGAUCAAGGUCGCUUAGGAUUAAAGGAGAUGACAAGUAUGAUGCAUUCUGUAGGAAUAUUGUGAUUGUUGAUGAAUCCCGAAGCAUUGUGGAUGCUCAAGACACUGGAACGUUCAACGAUAUCCCUGUUACUUCUAUGACUUUAAGGGUUGUUCUGCUACUUUUAUUUAUAUGGUGUUUUUGUGAGCACCAUGUUGGAGUUCAAGCAAGAAAAUUAUCAAGAGAAGAAAAUUUGGAGUUGGAGAAGCAACUCAAACUUUUAAAUAAACCAGCAAAUACAACAAUUCUGACAGUUCAUGGCGAAAAAUAUGAUUGCGUAGAUUUUUAUAAACAACCGACGUUUGACCAUCCAGCAUUGAAAAAUCAUAAUUUUCAUCCUGAGAUGAGUCCAAGUUGGUAUCCAGAGAGGAGUUUGGAACAUUCCUCAACAACCCAUGAAUCAUCAUUUGCGAAUAUUUGGCAAAAUGGUAAAGGAUGUCCAGCAGGUACUGUUCCUAUCAAAAGAACAACUAAAGAUGAUUUAGUCCGAGCCAAAUUUGCUGCAGAAAUACAUGAUUCAACAUAUCAACCACUCACUGCUGGCCAACCUGGAACUCAUUAUUCUGUGAUCGGCACCAAACCUAGUAGCAAAAGGUACAAUGGAGCUGGAAUGACUGCCAGUAUACACAAUCCGAUAGCUUGGGGUCCUCAAUACAGUCUCGUCCAAGUUAAGCUACAAAAUGAACGAGAUAGUAUAGAAGUUGGAUGGAUAGUGAAUCCUUAUAUAUACAAAGACAACAAUACUAGACUUUAUAUUUACACAAACGAAAGUGGAUCAGGUUGUUACAAUACUUUAUGCCCUGGAUUUGUACUUGUCAGACCGGAUAUACCAGUGGACGCCAUUAUUAGUCAAAUCUCUCAACCUGGUGGACCAGUUUAUGUCAUCAUAUUUACUUUGUUUAGGGACCCUGGUAAUGGGAACUGGUGGCUUCAAUUUGGAAAAGACAGAACUCAAGUUGGGUAUUGGCCUGCGAAAAUCUUCACCGCAUUAGCCAAUCCAGCUACCCAUGCUGAGUGGGGAGGAAAAGUAUAUAGUCGUACUAUGAUACCUAGUCCUCCGAUGGGGUCAAGGUCACUUGUUAUUAAAGGAGAUGAUAGUCGUGAUGCAUUCUGUAGGAAUGUUGUGAUUGUUGAUGAAUCCGGAAACGUUGUGGAUGCUCAAGACACUGGAACGUUCAACGAUGUUCCUGAAUAUCGAGUUAUAGAUCAAGGGGUUGUUAACCCUAAAAUAGGACAUCAAUUCUUCUAUGGAGGUGAAGGUGGCCAUAGUGGGGACUAA